AUGUCAGAUUUGCGUCCCAUUUCAUUAUGUAAUGUGGUGUACAAAAUUCUCUCUAAACUCCUCGCCAACAGAUUAAAGAAGUGUUUGGAUAAGUGCAUUAGGGAGGAGCAAUCAACUUUCGUGGAGGGAAGAUCGAUCCUUGAUAAUGCUAUGAUUGCCUUUGAAGUUAUUCACGCUCUUAAAAGAAGGAACUCGGGGAAUAAUGCCCACUUGGCUCUCAAGAUUGAUAUUAGUAAGGAGUAUGAUCGUGUGGAUUGGAGUUUUUUGAGGGGUAUGUUGUGUCGGUUGGGUUUUGCGGAGAGGUGGAUUCACUGGAUGAUGACGUGUGUUUCGUCAGUGAAUUAUUCUGUACUUGUGAAUUCGGAUAGCAUUGGUCCUAUUCAACCAGGAAGAGGGUUGAGACAGGGGGACCCUCUAUCCCCCUAUCUCUUAAUUCUUGUUACAGAAGCUCUUUCGUCUCUGGUUAAAGGAGCAGUGGCUCGUGGGGAUAUCCACGGGGUUCAGAUAUGCAGAGGGGCACCUAGUGUGGAAAAUCUCAUGGAGGUGCAUAACAUUAUGGAGAUCCUUAACUUAUAUGCCGAUGUCGCGGGCCAAGAAAUUAAUUUGUCCAAAUCUGAGGUGUUCUUUAGCAGGAAUAUCAGCAUUUCUGCUCAGAAGGAUUUGGCUAACAUCAUGGGAGUGCGUCAUGUUCUUGGUACUGGAACCUACCUGGGGCUCCCUUCCCUUAUUGGUCGCAGUAAGAAGGUCAUCUUUGGGUAUGUGAAGGACAAAAUUUGGAAGAAGAUUAAUUCGUGGAGGGGUAGGCCGGUUUCUAAAGCAGGCAAGGAAGUUAUGAUCAAAUCGGUGCUGCAGUCUAUUCCAUCUUAUGUUAUGAGUCUGUUCGUUCUUCUUGAUGGCAUUAUUCAUGAUAUUGAAAAAAUGCUUAACGCAUUCUGGUGGAGUGGUAAUUGUAAUCAAAGUUGCAUCAAGUGGAUGGCGUGGGAUAAGUUAACAGGUCCUAAGAGUGCAGGGGACUUGGUUUCCGAGACCUCAAGGUGGAGUAUUGGUGAUGGGAGGCAUAUUCCAGUGAUGGGUGCACCUUGGCUUCGAGGUCGUACCGAGGGUAUAUUGAGUGGGCCUCAACGUCAAGAUGUUUAUGGUCUUUCUGUUAGUGAUCUCUUAUCUCCUGUUGGUAAAUGUUGGAAUGUCCCUUUAAUCAGGGAGAUGUUUGAUUCCGAUGCUGGGAAAGCUAUUCUCCAAGUUCUUUUAAUUGUUGAUGUGGUUGAAGAUAAGUGGAAUUGGAAAGAGGAGCAAAAUGGGUGUUACAGUGUUCGGUCAGGGUACAGGUUAUGGAGGAAGGAGGUACGGUCGCCUUUCCAGGGGGUGGCUGGAGAUUGGAGUAGUCUUUGGAAUAUUAAGGCUCCACCUAGAGUGAAGCAUCUUCUUUGGAGGAUUUGUAUGUAUUGUCUCCCCACAAGAGUUAGGCUGCAACAAUUUCAUGUGCCUUGCUCAACUGUUUGUCCGUUUUGUGAGUUAUAUAUGGAGGAUUCGUGGCAUGUGUUCUUCGGUUGUGAUGUUGUGAACCGGUGCUGGCAAAGUGCAGGUUUGGCUCAUAUUGUGGAUCCUCGUAAGCAUAAUUUCCAUGAUGCUACCUCUUUGAUUUUUGAUAUAUGUUGUAAGGAAGAUUCAUUGGUGGCGGGGAGAGUUGCGGUUAUGAUUGAUACUAUCUGGAAAAACCGUAAUAACAUGAUUUGGAAUAAUGAAAGUGAGGCUCACAAUAUUCUCGGACUUCAUGCUCUUUGUAAUUGGCAAGAUUGGUUCAAGGCUCAAACUCACAUAGCUAGGGAGCACACCCCCUAA